ACCUAGGUCGUGAGUAGACCCGACGCUCGCGGCUUAAAGGACCCAAAUACGUGUUUGUUUAUAAAAACAGACCGCGUGUGUGCAGUUUGUUGACCAAAAUCAUAAUCAAUUCAAAUCCAAAGUGUUUGUAGAUUUUUCUUAUGGCCAAUUUUGAUAACAGCACCCGUUGCUAGGUUACAGUAUAUUUUCCAUCCAUGCCUGGUUGUAUUCAGUAUGUGUUUUUAAUUGUUGCCUUCGCUUUGGAACAGCAAUAUACCCAAUUGGAAUUCACUGUCUGUUCAUGGAUGCACACUUGCAUCGUCACGAGCACGUGCUCUUUCAAUAAACCAAUAUCAAAUUCGUGUUUUUAAGUUAGUGAUCCAUAACUCAUGUUUUAAAUACAAGUUUUAGUUCACAGUUAUAUAUUAUUAUGGUGUGUGUUUGUUCUGUGAUUGUAAUGGAAACAGUGUGAGCAACUGAGUUUUCAAUUUUUUCGUGAUAUAAUUGAUGGUGUUUGGUUUUUAAUUUGAAUUGUUGGUAUUUUUACACAAAAAUGGAUAUACUGCCGAGCGGGGAUAUCUUUCGGGAGCUUCAGGACAUCCAGGACACUGGAUGCUUCCCGUCGCAGACUUCGUUGGAGGAUCAUUGGCAACAGACAUGCUACGAAAUGGAAAGGUACCUGCAGGAUGAACCCCGAGCGAUGUAUUACAAGAAAUCAGCCUACAACACAAACCUGAAUAACAACAACAGCACGCACAGUAACAACAAAAAUGAUUUGAAAACAGCUACGAUAAAAUCUGAAUCACCGGAACCGCCAAAUUCCUCAGUGGAUGCACCAUGGAACCUGUUUACGCCUCCUGGACCAACCUCAGGGUCGAAUGGGAGCCAGAACAGUACACCAUGGAAGGUUGAGGUUGUAGAUGGAGGUCAACUUUGCCUCGACGAACUGAACCUGGUGGUAGUCGCGGACAGACAACUCGAUUCCUUAAGUAUGAGUUCAGCAAGUUCGGCCUGCAGCGGUGUUUCUUGGGACAGCAACCUGAGUUGUACAGGGACGAUAGGUGUCAAGAGGGAACGAGAGUAUGAUUGCUGCGAUGAUUAUGAAAUUGAGGAGCCAGAUGAUGAGAUCGAAGAUUUGGAGACAGACGAUACAGAAACAGACAGCGAUGAUGUGAUACGGUUAUUAUCGAGUCGAUCAGCCGAGCCGACAGCGGCUGCAACCGCAUUAGCUUUAACUCCUCCAUCUAGUCCCGGUGCCGCCACUUUGAUAACGCACCGCACGAACACUUCCAAUACCGCAACCGCCACCAUAACCGCCAAUCAGAGUAUACACACCGCUACCCCUACGACGGGCAUCUUAAGGGUAUCUGGCCAAUCCUGCACACCUGCCCAGAGAAACACCUUCCUGCGGGUGUCCAAGAACAGUCUCACCCCCGUUAACGCUGUCCCAGCUAGAUUGAUAGCUGUAGCAUCCAAUAGGACACACAAUAGCAGGCAGCAGAUGUCAGCGGUUGCGGUGGCUGGUGGAAAUCAACAGCAGCAGCAACAGAACCAACAACAAAGUCAGCAGUUGAGUCAGCAGACAAUAGCGACCACGACGACGACGAGCAGACAUGCGAGGCACGAGCAUUCUCCUGACACCAAAAGGCAGCACAAGUGCCAGUAUUCGGGCUGCACGAAAAAGUAUACGAAGAGCUCCCAUCUUAAAGCGCACCAGAGGACGCAUACAGGCGAAAAACCCUACAUCUGUUCCUGGGAAGGUUGCACAUGGCGUUUUGCGCGAUCUGAUGAACUCACACGUCACUACCGAAAACAUACUGGUGCCAAACCCUUCAAGUGUCACCAAUGCGAAAGGUGCUUCUCCAGAUCGGACCAUCUCGCUUUACAUCUGAGGAGACAUGUCUGAACGAAGAUCAAGAAGACGAUGUUGAACCAUAGUUGUAGAAAUGAUGGUAGUUAUAAGAGACGUCGUGGAUGAAGAGCAUAAAUUUUUGGAAAAAUUUUGGUAACUUAUGGUGAUGGAUUUGGGUUUAUAAUUUGUUUGGAUCGUAGAUUUAAACGCAUUUUGUGUAGUGUUGUAAUUGAAUUUUGUUGUUUGGAUUAAAAAAUGUCCUGGAGACAACUAGUUGAGCAUAUUUUACACUAUUUUUUGUAUAAGUCUACGAUUCCAAUUUUUUUCACAUCGGAAUAUAAAUCUUGUUUUUGUUUUUUUCAUCAGUUUUGCAUUAUUGUUUAGUAUAAUGUUACGAUUUGAACAAAGUUUCAACAAACAUUUAUCAUUUUGCAUCAUUAACCGUUUCGCUAACGAGAGUGUUUUUCACACAGCUGUACGAGCCACCAAUUCCUCCAAUUUUGUUUUAAUAUAGGGUAGAGCGGGUAAAAAGGUCCAACACCGAUAUCUCAAAAACACAGAAAGUUAAAAAAAAUUAACAACAAUAUUUAAAAGUAGAAAAAAGAUAUAUAACUUAUUAUACUUGAGACUUCGCUAUCAUGAGAUAAACGCCAAUGUUUGAAAAUCCAUAACAAAAGUAUUUUUUUU